CUUCAGGAAGACAAUUCUAACGAUGGCAGAGAAACAGAGGACACUUCUAAUGAUGGAAGUCAGCAAUCGAAGAGAAGAAGAACAGCAUCUGGAGAAAGUUCUCCAAGUUGUGAAAAUUCAAAUCAAGAUUUUGGCUCCAGCUAUUUCCCAGCAGAAAAUCUAGUUGAAUAUAAAUGGCCAUCAGAUGAAACAGGGGAGUACUAUAUGUUACAAGAGCAAGUCAGUGAAUAUUUGGGUGUCACUUCCUUUAAACGCAAAUACCCAGAUUUAGAACGAAGAGAUCUGUCGCACAAGGAGAAGUUGUAUCUGCGAGAACUAAAUGUUAUUACGGAAACUCAGUGUACUUUAGGUCUGACAGCUUUACGAAGUGAUGAAGUAAUUGACCUUAUGAUAAAGGAGUACCCAACCAAGCAUGCAGAGUACUCCGUCAUUCUUCAAGAAAAAGAACGCCAGCGCAUUACGGACCAUUACAAAGAGUACUCGCAACAACAGCAACAAAAUACACAGAAAGUAGAAGCAAGCAAAGUUCCAGAGUACAUCAAGAAAGCUGCCAAAAAAGCUGCAGAAUUCAACAGCAAUUUAAAUCGUGAAAGGAUGGAAGAGAGAAGAGCGUAUUUUGACUUACAGACUCAUGUAAUACAGGUACCUCAGGGAAAGUACAAAAUUCUGCCUUCUGAAACGACGAAAGUGAGUCCUUAUCCUGUUUCCCUUAUACCUGGACAGUUUCAAGAAUAUUACAAAAGGUAUUCUCCCAAUGAGCUUCGGUACUUGCCAUUAAACACAGCCUUGUAUGAGCCUCCAUUAGACCCUCUCGAUCCCGAACUGUUGGCAUUUGACAGUGAUGGUGAUUCUGAUGAGGUUGAUGAAGGACGCAGUGAGAAGAAAAAAAUCAAAGGAUCCUCGGUAAGUCUGUUUCUUGGUAGUUCAUCUGGGAACGUGUCUGAUGGAGAAAAUGCACAGGAUACUCAGGACGACGCUCUUCCUGCAAAACCAAAAGCAAAAGAAAAAUCAACCCCCAAAAAGGAGAGCACCAAACGUUCUGUAGGGCCCAAAUCCAGUUCUGGGUACAAGCCAAAGUCCAUCCCCAAUGCUAUUUGUGGAAUUUGUCUGAAGGGUAAGGAUGGCAACAAAAGGGGAAGAGCCGAGAAGCUUAUACACUGUUCCCAGUGUGAGAAUAGCGGUCACCCUUCAUGCUUGGAUAUGGUACCAGAAUUGGUUGCAGUAAUAAAAAAAUACCCAUGGCAAUGUAUGGAAUGCAAAACCUGUAUCAUAUGUAGCCAGCCUCACCAUGAAGAGGAUAUGAUGUUCUGUGACCACUGUGACCGUGGCUAUCAUACUUUUUGUGUUGGACUUGGUGUUCUUCCAUCAGGUCCCUGGAUAUGUGACUGCUGUCAGAAUGUUCCAGCCACACCAAAAAAAGGAGUUAAAAGAGGCAAAAACAGUAAAGAAGGAUAA